GGAACGUCCAAAUUCCACUCCCCGCCACCUCCACUUGCUCACCCGCCAAUCGCUGCACUUCCGGGCUCGGUGUCGCAUGACCAUGCCGCCAACGCCGAUGCCGCCGCCGCAAACAAUAAUAGCAGCACUGCUAUUCAAAGAAGCAUGUCGCGGUAUCGUCGCAGAAACCCGCCGCCUACGCAGCAGCCCUUAGAGGCUACAUCACAGCCUCCUUUGCUCACUUCUGCACCCGGCUAUAAAUCACACGUAGCAAGCAAUGGCACCUCAGUCUCGCAACCUCCGCAGGAUCGACCUGAGGAAACACAAAUGGCUCGUAUUCGACAAAAGUUGGCCCUAAGAAUAGCCACCCGAGAAAAACGGGUCCCCGAUGACAGCGAAGACGAAGAUGCCGAGCGCCACAGACAUCGACAGAAUGCAAUGGACCGUCUGACCGGAGGUGAGGAUGUGCCGAUUUCCAACCCCUUCGAGACAACAACCACACGCGACAAGCCAGCCAAGGAGGUGUGUGAAAAACGCGCAAACGGAGGAACGGCCGCGAGUCGCCGUACGAGCCGUGAACCCAAACGACGAUCCCUCAACAUUGCGACAGCAAAGGCCACUCAAGUCAAAAGUUCCAAGGGCGAUUCCUCCGCGAGUAGUCCGACCGAAGCUAGUCCUGGCGCCCAAUUCCCCGAUGCUCCUGUAUCGGCCGUGAAUGCACGGGAGCGUCGCGUUUUGGUCCAGUAUAGAAAAACCUCAAUGAAAGUCUGCGUCAAUCCCUCGACAUCCGCGCAAGAUAUCCUCGCCACUGGCAUGACUUACAUGGCUAAAGGGGAGGACCCCGGGAAGUUCAUCUUGAUGGAAUCUUUCGCCGAUUUAGGACUAGAGCGGCCGUUGCGUCGGUACGAAUGUGUACGCGAUGUGAUGAACUCUUGGGCCCACGAUGAGCAGAACUCAUUGAUCAUCGUUCCUGCAGCCAGUCUCGAUGCCCUUUCUCUGCUCGACGCUCAGAAUGUGUCACUUGGCCAGCCUGCGGAGACGACGUUUUACUUGUAUUACUCUCAGCGUCCCCGCAAAUGGGACAAGCGAUAUGUUACUCUACGGUCAGAUGGACAAAUUACAAUAUCCAAGAAAGAAGGCCAGGAGCAAACAAAUGUGUGCCACCUCUCCGACUUCGAUAUAUAUUCGCCAACAGCGAGCUCUUUGGCGAACAACGUCAAACCACCGAAGAAGUUCUGUCAAGCCAUCAAGAGUCAGCAAAAAUCAACGAUGUUCUUAUCGACCGAGAACUUCGUCCACUACUUCUCCACCAGUGACCGAGACAUGGCUGAUAACUGGCAGAAGGCGGUCCAGACCUGGCGCAGCUGGUACCUGGUCACUAUGCUUGGAGCAGGCAAGCCGUCGGAGACGGAUAAUGCCACAUCCUCCGAUGAAUCGGUAGCAGCUGGAAAGCGGUUUCAGAAGCCUUUAUUGAACCCUUUUGAAGAGGCCAGCAAUGAGAUUAAGGCGCCUGCCCUGCCUCUGGCAGAGCGCACGCAGCCUACAAAGGCCAAGGAAUUGUUCUCCCAUAAGAAAAGCAUCCGCGAGCGUGGACCUCCCCCGACGUCGUUUCCCAAACUUUUGACUGGGGAGGCUGAUCUUGCUGCAGAGUCUUCCGAUGAAGCUACUUUCUCAGCCAGUGGUCUCUUAGGCCGGACCUACACCAUGCGUCAACGGGCCAUGAAAGAGCGUGAAGAGCAAGAAAAGCGUGACAAUGAGGACCGCCUUCGUCAGGGCCUCGUGGGCACUAUGGGUACCCGCCGUGUCAAUACUGGUCCUAGUAGCCGGUCCAACACCAUGACAUCUACUCACGCGCCAGACUUCAGCGCCGUGAAACGGUCCCAGUCCGUCAAGGCAAAGCCUCUGGUGGAUUUGACCCCGGUGUAUAGCGAACCCCCACAGCAUAUCCGCAAGGGAAGGGGAGUGACUGUUGACCCAGGCGUCCCCUUGAUCGACGCAGCCACAGGCCCCGAAGUCCCAGGAGGCAUCCAGAUACCGUCGGCUACUACCUGGCGCCGACCCCCAGUGCCCCCUGAGCCGAUGUCCGCCGUUGAACCCAGAACUCGUAAACGAUCGAACACCGCGCGCAGUAUCAAUGGUCAACAACGUUACCACCACACCGCUCCUACCACCCCAAUCUCCCCCGUGGACCUCGUUUCCGGCCGUGACGGCCCCUUCAUACCCCAUAGCCUACUGGCUCGCGCUCAACCGGCGCCCGCACCAGGUCCUCCCGUGGGCCAUGGCGUGGCAACCGGAGAUCGCAAUGCCACUAAACCGAUGCUGGAUAUGGCCCCCGAAAAUCCUUUCGCCGAGGGAAGCUUGCUUCGGGGCUUGUAGCGGCAACACAUACCACUAUCCCACUACCAUACAAAUCACGAUUUAAACGGCACUUGACAAUCACUUAGCAAUGGCGUUAAUACCCUUUCGGCUGGGACUUUGUGUUAUCACAGCGAUCUAGAAUGGCAUGGCUCGAACCUUGUGCCUCUUUAUUGCCUCGUUCCAAUAUACCUUCUGGUUUAUAGUCGGAAUUCAUGGCAUGGGUUGUACUUCUAGUUUUAUUUGAUCAUUAUUUGACAAUGCUGGUCUGGUGAUCGGUGCAGGUCCUUACAUCUAU